AUGUCGCCCCUGAACAGGAGGGGCUGGCCCCCGGGCGGCCCCCCUGCCUACGACGUCGACCAGGCGCUGGUGAGCUGCCGCGGGCGUGGAUUCGCGCCCGGCCUGGUGUUCCUGUACGAGGCGUCGGGCCUGUACCGCGAGGCGGCCGGCGUGCUGCGCGCCGCGGGCGACGCCGCCGGGCUGCUGGCGCUGUGCGAGCGCCGAGGCGACGCGCGGCAGGGGGGUGACGCCACGCUGUGGCGGGACGCGCUGGAGCACUUUGCGCGCCUGCCGGACGGGGAGGAAAGCGCGGCGCGCGUGCGCGGCGUACUGCAGCAUGUCGAGGCGCGGGCGCUGCUGCCCCCGCUCCAGGUGCUGCACAUCCUGGCGCAGAACCCGGCGCUCCGGCUGGACCUGGUGAAAGGUUACGUGUCCCGCCAGCUGGAGGCAGACAACAGGGCCAUGGCGGCGGACGUGGAGGAGGCGGAGCGGCUGGAGGAGGAGGUCGAGCGCGCGCGGCUGGCCCUGGAGCGCCUCCGCAGCGAGCCGGUGGUGUUCCAGAGCAACCGCGACGCGGCGACGGGCGCGGCGCUGGAGCUGCCCUCCGUCCACUUCAUGUGCGGCCACUCGUUCAACGCGCGCACGCUGGGCGACGACGGCGGGGGGGGCGGCGCCGGGGACGAGCCGGGGUGCCCCCUCUGCGCCCCGGAGCAUGCGCGCACGGCGGCGCUGGUGGACAGCAACCGUGCCUGGGCGGCCGACAAGGACGCCUUCUUCAAGCAGCUGCGCGCCGCGCCGGACGGGUUUGCGGUCGUGACCGAGUACCUGGGCAAGGGCGUGCUCAACGCCAGCAGUGUCUCGGUGGACGCCGGUGGGGAGGGGCGCUGA